AUGGCGAAAUCAGGCGGCCAGGCGGCUCUUUAUAUUUUCCUCCUGUGUGUCUUGCACCCCGUCACGGGUCAAAUCCGCUACACCAUUCCCGAGGAAGCGGAGCAGGGUACCUUUGUUGGGAAUAUCGCUGAGGAUUUGCGACUGAACACUCGGACGCUGUCAGCUCGCGAGUUGCGGCUGGUCUCUUACGACAGCGAAGAGUACCUGGAGGUAAAUUUGGACACUGGGAUUUUAUUUGUUCACCAAAGAAUUAACAGGGAGGAAAUCUGCGGCCAAAGCGUUCCCUGCUCCCUUUCGUUUGAAGUGAUGGUUGAAAGCCCUUUGGAAAUACAUCGCGUUGAAGUGGAGGUACUUGAUAUAAAUGAUAAUUCUCCCAGUUUUCCUAAGAAUGAAUUGGCCUUGCAGAUCGGUGAAUCGAUUGCUCCCGGGGCGCGAUUUCCUUUGGAGAGCGCACACGAUCCCGAUGUGGGCACAAAUGCAAUCAAAACAUAUCAGAUUAGUUCAAAUGAUUAUUUCGGCAUCAAUGUUCAGAGCAGAAGCGACGGUAGUAAACGGGCUGAAUUGCUACUGGAAAAGCCUCUGGACCGGGAACAAGAGUCAACCCUCAAGCUGGUUCUUACAGCCGUUGAUGGGGGUGUCCCACCCAGAUCUGGAACCACUCGGGUUAUCAUUACUGUACUGGAUGCAAAUGACAACACGCCUGUGUUUGAUCAUGAAAUAUACAGAGUGAGUUUGGCAGAAAACGCUUCGAAGAAUGCAUUUGUUAUCCGCGUCAAGGCUACCGAUUCAGACGAAGGUUUAAAUGCUGAGGUAAAAUAUUCUUUCAUCAAUCACCUUCCUUACGGUGUUAAUGAUCUGUUCAGUUUGGACUCGCAAACGGGAGAGAUUCGAGUUCAAGGAUCACUGGAUUUUGAGCAGUCACACGUUUAUGAACUUGAGGUACAAGCUGUGGACAAAGGUACAUCUGCUCUGGCGGGACAUUGCAAAGUUUUGGUCGCCAUAGUGGACGUGAACGACAAUGCUCCUGAGGUUAAACUGACCUCAGUGUCCAGUACUGUCCGAGAAAAUGCAUCGCCCGGGACUGUGAUAUGCCUGAUCAGCGUGACAGAUAGGGAUUCCGGGAAAAACGGUCAAGUACACUGUCAGAUCCCCAAUAACAUCCCCUUCAAACUUCAAAAAUCUUUGGCUGACCAAUAUAAAUUGAUUACCAGCGAUAAACUGGACCGUGAGACUAACCCUACAUAUAAUAUAUCGCUGUCUGCCUGGGAUUCAGGGACUCCGCAGCUUUCCACACACAGAACCAUUUGGGUGUCGGUCUCUGAUGUAAAUGACAACGCACCGCGGUUUGCUCAGUCGGUAUAUACCGUCUAUCUAAAGGAAAACAACGCUCCCGGUGCCUCUAUCUUUGCGGUAACUGCCGUGGACCUUGAUCUGGAUCAGAACUCUUACAUAAGCUACUCCAUGCUGGAGAACCAAAUCCAAGGUAAAUAUGCGUCCUUUCACGUCAGUGUGAACUCCAACAACGGGAAUAUUUACGCACUGCAUUCCUUUGACUAUGAAGAGCUCAAACGGUUUCAGAUUCAGAUUCAGGCCCGGGAUUCCGGAGUCCCGCCCCUCACCAGCAGCGUCGCAAUCAAUGUGAUUAUUCUGGAUCAAAACGACAACAAACCCGUCGUUAUUUCACCUCUAACGUGGAAUGGGUCAGCAGCGGUGGAGGUGCUACCUGGAGCUGCAUCAUCCGACUACCUGGUGACCAAGAUACUUGCGACUGAUGCGGAUUCUGGUCAGAAUGCGCGGCUAUCGUACCAUUUACUUCAAGCUACUGACGCCAGUUUGUUCAGGGUGGGGCUGCAUUCCGGGGAAAUAAGAACAACGCGCAGUUUUCUUGGCCCAGAUUCCAACCCACAAAGUUUGGUGAUUGAAGUCACCGACAAUGGACAGCCAUCUCUCUCCACAAGCGUCACAGUACUUGUUUCUACGGGGCCUAAUGUGACUGAAAAAUACUCUGACAAGCGCCAGGUGGACCCAAAGCCUGAUACCACUUUCCAUUUGAAUCUAUAUUUAAUUGUUAUUUUGGGUUCUACGUCAUUCAUAUUUCUAAUCAUCAUAGUUUUGCUGAUUGUCAUAAAAUGCCACCAAGACAGACACACUGGUUAUGGUUGCAAUUCAACAUUUUGCUGCUGGGAAAAGAGAAAUUUGAGGAAUGUUUCUCAUGGAAGAGCUACACCAAAAGAAUCGUUGCAUUACACUGAGGUUGGUGAAAGGCUUCCCAUUCCCGCAGCGUAUAAUUAUAGGGUGUCCCUUUCUCCUGAAUCGGCGAAGAGUGAUUUUCUGUUUCUAAGAACAUACAAUCAAGACAUCCACAGUAGUAGUGUCACUGACACCAACGUUACCAAACAAUAUUAUUCAAAUGAAACCAUUUACCUUUGGCCAACCAAAUCAGGCGAGGAUGAAGGCAAUAAGAAAAGGAAAUCAACCCAGUCCCCAAAGGGGACCAGGGUGAAACCGACAUUCCAGUUGAAACCUAGCGAUAUUCAGAAUAUGGCUCAUACCAUGUUUAUAUUACCGAAAUCCUGGUAUUAUAUUGGAGAAGACGAAAUAACAAAUAGAAACCGAUCUCGUACGGUAGGAAUGAACGCUUUGUCUUAUGUUGCUGUCUUUUGUAUCUUGGGUCUGGCGUUUGGAGAAAUUCGUUAUUCUAUUCCCGAGGAAUUGAAUAACGAUGCUUUUGUUGGAAAUAUAGCUAAUGAUCUGGGUUUGAAUGUUGAAUCUCUAUCGAAAAGAAGGUUUCGGAUAGUCUCUGUCGUCAGGAAGCAGUAUCUGGGGGUGAAUUUACAAAAUGGAGUUCUGUUUGUGAAUGCAAGGAUAGACAGAGAACAGCUGUGUGGAGCCAACGCCGCUUGUUUUCUGCGUUUGGAAGCGGUGAUCGAAAACCCUUUGGAAUCAUUUCAAAUAGAAGUGGAAAUUCUUGAUAUAAAUGAUAAUGCUCCCGGUUUCGAACGGAGCGAACAGCACAUAGAAAUCCCUGAGACGGCAGCACCGGGGACUCGCUUUCUGCUGGACAGCGCGCAAGACCCUGACGUCGGUACAAAUUCUCUUAAUACAUACCUGCUUAGUCCGAAUGAUUAUUUCUCGCUGGAUGUACAGACUGGGAGUGAUCAUGGCAAAUUAGCCGAAUUGGUUCUCAAAACAAAUCUAGACAGGGAAAAACAAGCCGCCUACAAACUGGUCCUGACAGCGUUAGACGGUGGUUCCCCGGUUCUAUCAGGGACCACAUUGAUCAAAAUUACCGUGUUAGAUAGUAACGACAAUAUGCCUAUUUUUGACCACACUAUCUACAGGGUCAGUGUACUGGAAAACGUUCUUAAAGGAACAUUGAUUAUCAGACUCAACGCUACAGAUGCAGAUGAAGGUGCAAAUGGCGAGGUCAUGUACAACUUCCGCAGGCGCACUCCUAAGAAAGUCCUUGAGCUCUUUAAGUUAGAACCCAACACGGGAGAGAUUCGAGUCCAAGGAGUGAUUGAUUUUGAAGAAAAUAACGUUUAUGAGAUGAUCGUAGAAGCUAAGGAUAAAGGUGCAUCUGCAGUUCCAGUACAUUGCAAGGUCGUGGUCACAGUCUUAGAUAUGAAUGAUAAUGCACCCCAAGUCAUUCUUACCUCAUUAUCCAGCCCAAUCCCUGAAGAUGCCCCACCGGGAACAGUGGUGGCUCUGAUCACUGUAACAGACCAAGAAUCAGAAGAAAAUGGCGAAGUUCGUUGUCAGAUUCAACACGAUGUCCCCUUCCAAUUGAAUUCUUCCUCAAAGAACUCCUACACAUUAGUCACCCGCUAUUCCCUGGACAGAGAAGCAUCAUCCCAUUACAGCGUUGUAAUCUCAUGCAGGGAUUUAGGGCUGCCUCCUCUGGUAACCAACAAAACCAUCCAGGUGGAGGUGUCAGAUAUCAACGACAACGCGCCACAUUUUGCGCAUCGUUCAUUUACAGCGUAUGUAACAGAGAACAACCCACCUGGUUCAUCUAUAUUCUCAGUGACUGCUUUUGACCUCGACAAGCACCGGAAUGCGCACCUGUCUUACUCUAUUCAACACACCGAGGUGAAGGGUGCUCCUGUUUUCGAUUACGUCUCCAUUAAUUCGGAGAGCGGAAUUAUCUUUUCACAGAAUUCUUUUGACUAUGAACAACUCAAGAAUUUUCAGGUUGGUGUUCAAGUACAGGAUGGCGGCGACCCCCCACUCACAGCCAACGUUACAGUAAACGUAGUUAUCUUGGAUCAGAAUGAUAACGCGCCUCUCAUUGUGUCGCCCAUACCAAUGGAUGGCUUUGACGCAAUUAUUUCUCCAUCUGUGGAUCCGGGGUACCAGGUGACAAAAAUCAUCGCCACGGAUGCUGAUUCGGGGCAAAAUGCCCGCCUUUCAUACCAGUUACUAGACGCCACACAGCCAGGUGUGUUCAAUGUGAUAUCGAACUCUGGAGAAAUCAGGACUACUCGGCGUUUGGAUGACCUGAAAGACACUGUGCAUCGCCUUGUUAUUAUGGUGAAAGACAGUGGCCAUCCAUCACUCUCAGCCACAGGUACCGUUAGUCUUUCCAUUAUUGAUGGUGGUGCAGAAAUGUUAUCUGACUUCAGUGGGAACGUCCCCAAAUCGACGGAUUCUUCAGAUUUGGCCUUUUAUAUUAUUAUAUCGUUAGGAUCUAUUUCAUGUGUUCUUCUGGUGACUAUUAUUGCCCUUGUAACCACCAUAUGUCAUAACGACAGUCGUUCCUCCUCUGUCUGUUGCUUCAGACAGAGGAAUCUGAGUGACACCUUCCAGAAUUCUCAUAUCAAUCUCCAGCGAGCGCAUAAUUCCGAAUUGGUUUCAAACUUCAUGGAAGUUCGAGGUACCGGUUCGCUCUCCCGCACCUAUUGUUAUAAAGUUCAUUCGGCUUCUGAAUCGGGCAAAGGCGAUUUGACAUUGCAGGAAUCGGCUCCAGCGACUCUCGCAACCCAUGAGAAAACAUCGGCAAUCACCAAAGCAGAAUGGAAUGGAAAAGCUGCAGGCAAUUGGAUCAAGAUACCUAUCCAGAUCGAAUGCCCACAGAUUUUUGGAAAUGACAAUUUUUUUGAAGCAGAAAUGGCAAACCGAGAUGGACACUGUGUGCUAAGUUUUCGAGCAAUAUUUCUUGCUUUCUUCCUUUAUCGCUGGGAUUCAGCUUGCGGGCAGAUUCGAUAUUCUGUCUCUGAAGAACAGAAGCACGGGACUUUCGUUGGAAAUAUCGCUAACGAUUUGGGCUUAUAUGUGGGAAAUUUAUCCACCGAAGUGCGGAUGGUCUCUUCUGCUCGGCAGCAAUAUUUCAAGGUAGAUUUACAAACUGGUAUUUUGUUUGUGGAUAAACAAAUUGACAGAGAACGGCUGUGUGCGCAGAGCCUGGCCUGUUCGCUUACACUAGAGCUUGUGGUUGAAAAUCCGUUAGAAGUUUCAUGCAAAAUAAAAAUUUUAGAUAUAAAUGAUAAUGCUCCUAGUUUCGUGAAUAAUGAACAACAUUUGGAAAUUCUGGAAUCAGCAGUCCCUGGAACUCGAUAUUUGCUGGAGAGUGCGCAUGACCUUGAUGUGGGCAGCAACUCUCUCCGGACCUAUGUACUCAGUUCCACCGAGUACUUCACUUUGGAUGUCCAGUCCAGCAUUGAUAACAAGAAGUUUGCAGAAUUGGUCCUUGAGAAGCAUCUGGACCGAGAAAAGAAUGCGGUUUAUGAUUUAAUAUUGACGGCCAUUGAUGGCGGGACCCCGGAAAGAUCUGGAACCGCCCGAAUAGUUAUUACUGUACUGGAUGUAAACGAUAAUGUCCCUGUUUUUGACAAAACAAUUUACGAAGUGACUUUGGUGGAAAAUUCCCCAGUGGGUACACUUGUAAUUAAACUGGAUGCUACCGAUAUCGAUGAAGGUAGGAAUGGCGACAUUGUUUAUAACUUGCACAGUCACACCUCCGAGAAAGUGCGUAAAUUGUUCAGCAUAGAGCCCCAGACUGGAGAGAUCAGAGUGAAAGGAGUUGUUGAUUUCGAAGAAGCAGCUUUUGUAGAAAUUAACAUAGAAGCAAAAGAUAAGGGCCCUUAUCCAGUUCCUGUACGUUGUAAAGUAAUUGUCAAUAUAGUGAAUGUUAAUGAUAAUGCUCCUGAGUUUACAGUGAGCUUAUUUUCCAGCCCAGUUCCCGAGGAUGCGCCACUUGGCACAAUGAUAGCUCUCAUUAGUCUGAAAGAUCAAGAAUCGGAGGAAAAUGGAGAAAUUCACUGUUAUAUUGCAGACAGAACUCCAUUCAUACUUAACCUAUCUUCGAAGAAUUCGUAUACGUUAGUUACGCAUCAGUUGUUGGACAGGGAGACUACUCCGCAGUAUAAAUUUGUAGUCAUAUGCAGAGACUCGGGGUCUCCUCCUCUAUCCUCUAACAAAACGUUUUUGGUGGAGGUUUCAGACAGAAAUGACAAUGCACCACAUUUUACACAGUCAUCCUAUACAACACAUGUGAUGGAGAACAGCGCUCCAGGCUCCUCCAUCUGCGCUUUGACUGCCUUUGAUGCUGACUUGGACGCCAAUGCUUAUCUGUCCUAUUCUAUACUGGAGAGCCAUAUUCAAGGAAUGCCCGUGUCUACCUAUGUCUCCAUCGGUUCAGACAGUGGCAUUAUAUUUUCCAAUAUGCCUUUUGACUACGAGCAAAUAAAGAGCUUUCAAUUCAUAGUUCAGGCCACGGACGCCGGAGUCCCACCGCUUAGCGACAACGUUACUGUGAAUGUAAUUAUUCUCGAUCAGAACGAUAACUCCCCGGAAAUCAUAUCGCCGCUCACGAUGAAGGGUUUGGAAGUCACAGUUCCCCGUUCUGCUGAUCCUGGAUAUUUAGUCACGAAAGUAAUUGCUGUCGAUGCCGAUUCUGGGCAGAAUGCGCGUCUGUCCUACCAGUUGCCGGAAGUGAAAGAGACGGAGCUGUUUCAAGUUGGGUUGAACUCCGGAGAAAUCAGGACUGCUCGACGUCUGCGUGACAGAGAUGCAACUGUUCACCGUUUGGUUGUGUUGGUAAAAGACCAAGGCCACCCAUCACUUUCUGCCAGUGUAACUAUCAACCUAUCUUUACUGGAGGACUUUGCGCAAAACGUUUCUGAUGUAAACCUAUUGAUCCGAAAAUCUGAGUACAGCUCUGAUAUAGCGUUUUACUUAAUCAUAUUCUUGGGGACACUGUCUUCGGUUCUUUUUGUGGCUAUUAUCUUCUUAGUUUUUACCAUCUGCCAAGCUGACAGAAAUACUACCCACGGAUCCUUCAACACCUCAUUCAUUGCGCGGAGAUAUACAAAUGACCUGUUUCUGGAUUCCAAUGUUAACCUCCAUACAGUGCCUGAUUCUAAGCAGCUGACAAAUGUGGUUGAGGUUCGUGGGACCGGAUCCCUUUCUCGCACCUACUGUUAUCAAGUUCACUCAACCCCUGACUCCGCCCAAACUAAAGUCAUGAUCCCAUCUUCAAGAAAUUCAACUGUAUCUAGAAUGUAUAACAAGGAAACCGAUCAGCACGAGAUAGAGUGGAAUGUGAGGAGGGAAAACGGCAAAACCGAGUGGCCAGUUAAGGGAUUUCUGCGAUACUUUAUUUUCAUGAGCUAUUUCACAGCAAACAAGAAGGAAAGAAGACUUUACAGAAUGAGAAAACGAGGUUUGUCGUCCAUUUUAUUGCUUUGUGUCUGGGAUAUCGCGUUUGGGCAGGUUCGUUAUUCGAUUCCAGAAGAAACGGGGAGCGGUGCCUUCGUAGGGAAUAUCGCUCAUGAUUUAGGCUUAGAGCUCAAAGAACUGUCAGCUCGAAGAUUCCGAAUUGUCUCCGGUUCUCGGCCGCAGUAUUUUGGAGUUAAUCUACAAACCGGAAUUCUGUUUGUGAACAAAAGAAUCGACAGGGAAAAGCUGUGUGGACAGAGCCACGACUGUGUCCUUCCUCUGGAGGUAGUUACCGAAAACCCUGUCAAUCUGCACCGUGUAGAAGUAGAAAUCCAAGAUAUAAAUGACAAUUCUCCAAUUUUCCCGAAGAGUGAAAUUCGUUUGGAGAUUUUCGAAUCAGCUUCACCUGGGACUCGCUUCCUGUUGGAGGGCGCGCAAGAUUCCGACGUAGGUACCAAUUCAAUACGAACCUAUGAGCUCAGUACAAAUAAAUACUUUAGUUUGAACAUACAGACUCGCGGAGAACGUAAAUUAGCUGAACUGGUGCUCGAAAAAUCGCUGGACAGAGAACAAGAGUCCUUGCAUAAUAUCUUGUUGACAGCCAUUGAUGGUGGAACGCCAGAGAGAUCCGGCACCGCUUAUACCACCGUUGUGGUCCUGGAUGCAAAUGACAACUCGCCAGUUUUCCAGCAAUCUUUGUACAAGGUCAGUGUACGUGAAAAUGCAGCAGUGGGAACUUUGGUAAUCGCGCUGAACGCAACUGAUUUGGACGAAGGAUUUAACAGUGACAUAGAAUAUUCUUUCAGUGACUACAAUUCUGAUAGAGUGGGCGAACUUUUCAGUCUGGAUUCAAAAACAGGAAAACUGAGUGUGAAAGAAGUGCUGGAUUUCGAAGAAGCCGAUAUGUAUGAGAUUAAUAUUGAAGCAAAGGAUAAAGGUUUUUAUGCAGUUCCUGGGCAUUGCACAGUUGUGGUGAAUAUUGAUGAUGUCAAUGACAACGUGCCGGAGUUGACUUUCGUCUCGCUGUCCAACACAAUUCGAGAAGAUUCUCCCCCGGGAACUGUGAUCGCCCUGAUCAGCGUUACGGAUUAUGAUUCGGGUGAUAAUAGCCGGACCAGUUGUCAGAUUCCCAACACACUUCCAUUUGAACUCAAAUCUUCGUUUAAGGGAACGUACACUUUAAAAACAAAGGCUGCACUGGACAGGGAAACAGCCCCCGAAUAUAAAAUUAACAUCACAUGCAGAGAUGAUGGAUCCCCUGCCCUUUCCAGCCAUAAAAUCAUGGUGGUCAAGAUUACAGACAUAAAUGACAACGCACCCAAGUGAAAGCCGUUCCUAUACGCCUAUGUGAUGGAGAACAGCGCACCGGGGUCUUCGAUUUGUUCAGUAACUGCGUUGGACUCAGACUCGGACGAAAACUCCCACCUAUCCUACUCUAUACUAGAAUCGCAAUUGAAAGGUAUUCCUAUAUCGUCUUACCUCUCCAUUAAUUCGGAAAGCGGUAUCAUAUACUCGCAACGUUCGUUUGACUAUGAGCAGUUUAAAAACCUCCUGUUCCACGUUCAAGCCCGAGAUGGCGGCGUCCCGUCAUUGGGUACGAAUAUUACUGUCAACAUGAUUAUCUUGGAUCAGAAUGACAACGCACCAGAAAUCUUGUCCCCGCUGCCAAAAAGGGACCCUAAGAUAACAGUUCCGCCAUCCGCAGAUCCAGGUUAUCUGGUAACCAAGGUCAGCGCAACCGAUGCUGAUUCCGGCCAGAACGCAAGGCUCUCAUAUCAGCUGGUCCAAGCUACAGACCCAAGUCUUUUCAAGGUGGGACUCAGUUCUGGGCAAAUCAGAACGACUCGCCGUGUUGCAGAUCAUGAUUUAAGAGUACAACGGCUUGUCAUUAUGGUGCGGGAUAACGGGCAUCCGCCUCUGUCAGUGUCAACGAAUAUCGAGGUUUCGAUAGUGGAUAAUAAUCCGGAAACGCGUUCUGAUUUUAGGGAUGUACCCAACCCCCCUGAACGUUCAUCUAACUUCGCUAUGUAUAUUAUAAUUUCUCUCGGGGCUCUCACGUUUAUACUUAUGUUAGCCGUAAUUGGUCUAGUUUAUUUCAUGUGCCACUCUCACCGAAACGGUUGCCACUUGGGAAGAAAGAACGAGAAACAUAGGUUCACGAAUUCUCAUCUGAACUUUCAAAUUGCGACAGACUCCAAGCUAAUUUCUAAUUAUGUGGAGGUUCGAGGAACGGGGACUUUGAGCCAAACUCACAGCUACAAAGUGCCUUCAGACGUUAUGGUUUUCAAGCCCUGCAGCCCGCCAGGAUACAGGCAUUCGGUCCAGAAAAUUGAGCCUUUUUCUUCAGAGUGGAGUGGGGAGGCAACAGAUAAUUUGACCGGUGUAAUUAAUGAGGUAGGACAACUGAACACAGACUGGCGUUCUUCAGAACCUUACAUAGCAUCAAAGAUCAGCUCCCAGUACUUGGAAGAAAACCCAGCCCAGGAUGAAAUUAAACGAGAAUUCAACAGGCGACACACAGCUAUCACUUCAGCAGCAGAUGCAGGUUACAUUGAAGCAUCUCCAGAUCUAGAAGAUGGCAUUCCUACUUGGGCUCCUCGAUAUGGAUCACAGCAGCUUGAGCACCAGGAACCUGACGAGUAUCAGCCCAGCAUCUACAUGGGAGGUAGUCCAGUCCGAUUGCCCGCCAAACAGGACCAAGUGGCCAAAUUGGACGGGCAGCAAUCUGCCUCGUCCACCAAGAAAAAGAAGAAACGUAGCAAACGAACGGAAAAGAGGGAGAGCAAAGUUACCGUUGAGGAGCCACAGAAUGAGUAAUGCAACUUGUCAUGACAAUCUGAGAACUAUCAGUAUCCAGAUCAGGGCACCAGGAUAGACAUAAGGGUUUUGCGACUUAAAAUUAAAAUCACUUUUGAAAAGGGGUAUUGUACGUUCAACGCUUAUUUGUUUUUCUUUGUUAAAUUCCAUUGACUCUGUAGGAGGGAAUCUUUCAUCGCGACUUUAAUGCCUGGAUUAGUCAAUUCUCAUCUCUUCUAUGUCCAACCUUAGCCAAAUAAAGUCAAUGGUAAGAACAAAUGAAAAACUAAAUUAACAAAAUAACUUCUCGCUAAUACAAAACAGCAGUAGACUGACAUACCAAUUAAAGCAAUGCCAUUGUGUGACAAACGUAUUAGCAAUUUUAUGCACCCUUAAGUGUCUUAUCCAGGAACUGACCCACAGAACAGAUUAACUGUACUAUACAUGUUUGAAGUGGAAAAUUAUGUAUGACGUAAGUGAAUAUUGAUUAAAUCUCGAGAUAAUAACAAGGGGAUAACAAUCAGAAUUCCAUCUGAAUGGAAUGAAAACAAAUGUACACAAAAAUCUGAAUCCUGUAUUGAGCAGUAAUUAUUUCCAGUGCCAAUGUAGAUGCGGUUUACUCCACAGGACCCUAAAUUAAAUAGUUGUUGAACCAAUGCAUGUCAUGCCAACUUAGCGGUUCCAUUUACACAGCUUAUCCAUGUCUCAAUUAACCUUGGCCUGGAUAGAAUAACAGCAUGUGUUUGCCGCUUUUUCUUGUGGGCUUCAAACAGCUGACUGUAUACCUAUUGAGCAUGGAUCAACCAGUAAACUGUCUCCAGCUACACCUUGUAGCAAAGUCAGAUUGGUUCUGUACUGCUUAAUAUCCGUAUGAAAUAUAUUGUGCUGUUCUCAAAUCAGUAAUCACAAAAAAAAGUCAAAAUUUGUUCAAUCACCUGCGGCAAACUAUGCAUUUUUUUGUUACAUUUGUACCAAAGGUGGCUUCCUUUCUUAAUAAUGUCUAAUGUAAUCUUUUAUGCUUUAGUCUAUUUUCAGAUGUAUUCUGUUUUGCAUGUAUAAGUAAACGUGAUCAGGACAA